GCGUGAUCAUGUGAUACCAUCGGGAGCUCUGUCGCGGAAUUCCGAAACACCAUGCACAUUGAAGAGUUACCAUAGCACGAAGGAAACAAGUGAGGCAGUCAGUGUCGAGCUCCCGAAACUGCGAAUCUGACUCACACGCCGAAAACUGGAAAGAACUCGUAGUCAGAUGGGGUGUGUUUGAACCAGCUGAAAAAUCAACACGAAUACGAAAACUAAGCGGACGAAACGCAGGGCAUGAAGGGACUACAUGCAGUUUUUGGAGUUACUGCGGCAUUUGUAAAAUAGACAUACACUGUUUUGCACGGAAUUUUAAGCGUUUUUAAAACUCCAUUCAACAAAUGACUGUGUGUGAAACAGCUUUGUAGAGUCUAAAAAAGAAAAAGAAAACGUCGCAGCAGCAGCAGCAGCAGCAGCAGCAUCGGAGAGGGAGAGGCUGCGUUAGGAGUCAAGAGCGACGCCCGAGUUAAUUUGUGUUUACUGAUUUUAGUUGGCUACCGCAUUGAAGUGCUUUCGGUAUUUAUUUCUCUUUGUCUUGAUUGUUUUGGGUCUUCUGUUUGAAUAUGGUGGGGGAAAUGGAAACGAAGGAAAAGCCGAAGCCCACCCCUGACUAUCUCAUGCAACUUAUGAACGACAAGAAGCUGAUGAGUAGUUUGCCCAACUUCUGCGGAAUUUUCAACCAUCUAGAGAGACUUCUAGAUGAAGAGAUCGGACGGGUACGGAAGGACAUGUACAACGACACGCUCAACGGCAGCACAGAGAGACGCUCAUCCGAGCUCCCUGAGGCAGUGGGACCCAUCGCCCAGCUGCAGGAGAAACUCUAUGUGCCUGUUAAGGAGUAUCCCGAUUUUAACUUUGUUGGGAGAAUCCUGGGUCCCAGAGGCUUAACGGCCAAGCAGCUGGAGGCUGAGACUGGCUGCAAGAUUAUGGUGCGUGGGAAGGGCUCCAUGAGGGACAAAAAGAAGGAGGAGCAGAACCGCGGUAAGCCCAACUGGGAGCACCUGAAUGAGGACUUGCACGUUCUCAUCACUGUGGAGGACUCUCAGAACCGAGCGGAAAUCAAGCUCAAGCGCGCCGUGGAGGAGGUCAAGAAGCUCCUAGUGCCAGCGGCUGAGGGCGAGGACAGUCUGAAGAAGAUGCAGCUGAUGGAGCUGGCCAUCUUAAAUGGCACUUACAGGGAUGCCAACGUCAAGUCGCCAGCCCUGGCCUUCUCUCUGGCAGCCUCAGCCCAGGCUCCCCGCAUCAUGACCGGCCCCUCCCCUGUGAUGCCCACGGCCACACUGCGGGCGCCGCAGCCUGCCCAGCCCACCCUCAUGCCCCUCAUCAGGCAGAUCCAGACCUCCGCUCUCAUGCCCGCGGGCACCCCGCACCCCGGCACCCUCAUGCAGCAGUCGCCCGAGUCAGGCAUCAUCUAUGCCCCCUACGAUUACCCCUACACACUGGCGCCUUCCAUUCUCGAGUAUCCCAUUGACUCCACUGGAGUGCUAGGUAAGUGUGUGUGUGUGUGUCGUGUGUGUGUGUGUGUGUGUGUGUGUGUGUGUGUGUGUGUGUGUGUGUGUGUGUGUGUGUGUGAGAGAGGUGAAUCAGCUCGGGUCAAGCUCCUGUCCCUGACCCCUUAGCAUGGCCCGACACCAGGGCUUUAUAUUUAGUAGAGUGACGGCAAGCAGCAAGCAAAACAGCAGGGCCGGGUGCAAAUUGCACUCGUGCUUCAAACCAGACGUCCUUCAACUGUUUUUAGUCCCAGUAUUAGUCCUUGCUUCAAAAUCAGCCACUGCAUUCACCGACCCACCAGCACAGCCAGAUGGCAAUAUGGCUAUAUUUAUCCACUAAUGGAAAAGCUGACUGUGAAUUUUUGAUUAAUGAGUAUUAAUGAAUUAAUUAAUGAUUUGAAAUUAGGGGGUGUUUGGAUUAUAGAUUGUCAGAUUAAACAUUUAGUUUAAUGUAACGUAUGUGUAAAGACGACUCUAAGGCGUUUUCUAGACUAGAAGCUAUUUUUAAAUUAUAGCAUAUAUUAGCUAAUGGGGCAGUCUUAUAAAUCUUAUAUUGGCUUUCAUUAGCUUGAAUGUAAGCUUGUUUCAAGUUCCGACACUGUUGACGGGCAUGACAGCUGUAUACGUUUGAACUUCCAAUUCAAUUUAACUUUUAAUUUAAAUACCUGAAUUUAAGGAAAGUGGAGCUGGUGAAAAUGUAGUGUUUAGUUCAUGUGGGGUUGAUGUAAAUUGUAACCCUUGAGUUUGGACACUAGCGUACGCCUCAAGGAGACUAAUGGCUCUCCAUCCUUUCUCUUUCUUUAGGUAUGGCUUUCCCAACGAAGGGCUAGUAACGCUCUCCGAUGAACUAGCGCCGAGCACGCCUCUGCCCAAGUGUUAAUGCGUGUUUUGUUUUACAGCUGCCAUGGAAAACGAACGAACGAAUAAAUGAACAAAAAAACAAACAAGCGAAAACUAAACAAACAGACGUAUGAAAGCGAACACAGACGUAGCAUUAAGUCAGUCAGUCAGUCAGUCAGUCAGACCCGACUGACAGACAGACAGACAGACAGACAGACAGAUAAGAAGCUAAUAACUACUGAUGUUUACACUGGCCGUAACUAUGGAGAUUACUUUUAAUUCAUCUCUUUAUGUCUAAUGACUCAUGGAUUAAAAAAUAAUGACAAACAAGCAAACAAAAUGAUAUAUUUUAAACUAUUUUUGAUCAAACUGAUGUAUUGACGCUCUCAUAAAGCCUUAUAGUAGUCAGUAGAGCUGAAUGUGUACAGUUUGAAACACUGCAGUCUGGUCAGCGGGGAUGUCUGUUUAGGGAUCUCUAAAACUGGAAAUGAUUGAGUCUCCAACUCCUUAAACUUCUUAUAGGUGAGAUUAUAAAAGAGUGCCUCAGAAUCUGAAAUGUUCGAAAUGCUAUUGAAGUAAAUGGAAUUCAUUUUUGUGCUUCUUGGUAGACUUUUCCUGGUUCUGAAAAGAACAAUCUUGAUUUACAUAGCGCUCCAUAAAAAUAUUCUACUUAAAACUAAAAACUAAAAGUUAAAAAUCUAUGACUAUUUUGAACUUUGAAGCACUGAUGAGUGUGCUUUGUUAUGUGAUUACUGGUACAAACUCAGUGUGGAUUUGACCAGACAUAAGACUAAAUGUCCUCCUUUAGUAAGGGCUUAUGACAGCCUUAUGUAGGUGGAAGGCCUGGAAAUGCUAUUGUCUAUUUUUAAACCAGGGAACACUACUUCACAGUUCGCAACAUGUUUAUAUUUAAACGCAAAUGUUUGUGUGUGAGAUCCACAAACACACACAUCCCCACACCCCAGUACUACAGUGUUAAAUCCAAUCCAAGAGUCUCUAAUGAAAGCGUGAUUGGUUUUUCUCGUGCCUUACCUGUGCUUUUGUUUUUGUUUAUGUUUUCUUUGGUUGUUGUUUUACAAGUUUUUCUUACAUGCUUGAUGGAUGGAUAGAUUUCUACUACAUGUGUGUUUUUUUGACUUGUGUGUGAAUUGCAACGACUGUAGGCUUGCCUUCUACUAUCUGACCAAUACUGACCGUGUGUGUGUGUGUGUGUUUUCUUGCCGUGUGUGUUUCUGAAAUGAUCUUCUGCCUAAUCUCAUUCCCUCUUUUGUUUUGUUGGGUAAUCCCGUUACCACGCGAGCAGGGGCGGUGACUACUAAAGUUCGAAGGCACGAUAUGCGCGUCCACCCCUACCAAAGGGUUGUGACUGCCGAUCGAGGUUAGUUUAGCUCCAGUCUUCUCCUUGUGUGGUUAUGCCUUUUAAGUGUUGAUGGAAUCUGUGUGUAGGUAUAACUUUUUUGAGUGUUGUGUUUUGUGUGCGUGUGUGUGUGUGUGUGUGUGGUCUUACAUGUGGGUCUCUGGGAUUGGGUUAUCAGGGAACACAGUCAUAUUACAUUUGCAAGUCUUAAUUUUAUAUUGCCUCAUGUCGCAACACAUUGUGUUUGAAGUCGUAUUUAUAAGCUUGACACGUUUCCUUGUAUAAUUUCAAAUCCAUUAUCACACAUUCUGGUGCACUUAAAUUAAUUUCAUACAUUUAUCAAGACGGCAGUGAUUUUUAUAACAGGCCAGAGGUGCAUUCAAAUUCUGUGAACAGAGGUGAAUUUUUGGGGCAAACCUAUUUUUUUCCUGAAUUUUUGAACUUGAAUGUUUUUUUAUUCCGUGUAAACAUUCCAAAUUGUUCCAUGGUUCUGAAAUCCAUGCUUGUUCGCCAAGAACUUCUUUCUCCGACUGUUUGAACAUUUGCACAUUUCAAUAUUUGCAGCAAUUUCCCAGCGUAGACGUAGAAGUGUUUUGAAAAUGUACAUGAUGAAUAUUUGCCUUUGUUUGCUAAUUUCAGAGCACCUCUGGUUCUAAGCUGGUCUGAUUAGGCCAACCCAGAGACUGGACCAGAUCAGGGUGUGUAGAUCUCAUUAAUUACUCAUUAAUUACCCAUUAGACAGACUUUCUCCCGGGCUUGCAUGGGGUUAGCUACAGUAUAUUGGGGAAUGUUUUUUUCUGGGGUCUUAGGAGGUCUGUGAGAGGCUUUACAUUCCCAUACCAAUCAUCAGACCAAACUUGUACUUCAGCUCUCAAGGAGACGCUGUCAGAAGUCCAGUAUAGGUCAUGGACAGUUGCAGUAAAUAUUGGAACGAAAUAAAAAACACGAAAAGAAAUAACCAAGAAGAGAAGUCCAGAAGCCAAUUCCCCUUUACAUGUUACUGCUCGUCCUCUAAGAUCGACCCAUCAAGGCCAUUCGGAGGGGGGGGUGUAGUUGUUAAUAAAACAAGGCCACAGACUCCUCUGGCAACGAGCGAGUAGUGUGCCUAGCAGGGCAGAUGUGCAGUCGUCUGUGUCUGUAGACGUGGCUCUCGACUGUCUGAUCAGAACUCUGUUAUUUUGAUUAUUUUCCAAUAUCAGUUGCGGCACUCUUACUGUUUUUUUUUUCCUUUUACCCCCUUGACUUUUGUCCUCAUGAGACUUGUCUUACUCGAGUCGGUUUGUGUUUUUAGCAAACCGAGCCAUCGUUCCAAAAUUGAAAGAGGGAGAGGGGUAAAAAAUUGAAAAGCACAUUCCUUUUUGAGCUUGGAGUUCUCAAAAAAUAACUCUCAAGCUAGAGUUCCAUGUAGUUUUCCGUUGAAGUGCACUCGGAAUCUUAGCCAGCCUCGUUCUCGUCUUAGUGGCCACGUGACGAUCUGAGUCUCAGGCAAUCUUACUCGAUCAGAUCACGGAAGGACCAGGAAGUAAGGAUAUUGCUAGUUAGCAUCUGCGUGUGUAAUUCUUGAGGAUGUCUGCUAUUCCCUGUCUAUUCCCAAUGUUUGAAUGCCGUUUUACUCUGUGUAGUCAAAAAUAGACAUUUGAGAAUUUGAAGAGACAUGCCUCUGUAAGCUACUAUAGAUACAGGAAGUACACCUUUAAGCUUCCUGGCUAAAUCAUGUCUGCCACGUUCACCCCCCAUGUUCAGAUUUUCACCUUUAACAGAAACACACACGUGUAUACACACACACAAACUUUUUCAUUGUAUCUGCAUUGUCUUAAGAUCGUCCUUUUAAACAUUUCUUUUUUAAUUUAUACAUUGUCAUUGCAUUGUAUGAUUUCAUUGGAUUGCGGAUUUUUUUGUGCUCUCAUUGUGAAUUGAGCUUGCAUCAUGAUGUUUGUGUCUGUUUCUCGUUUUCUUGCUUUUCAUUUGCUAAUUUCCUUUUUUUUUACUCCAGAUUAGUUUGAUUUUCAUUUCCUUUGUGGCAAAGACAGUCCUUAUUCACAGCACUUUUUAUUUCUUUCGACGCGUCAUGUUCAGCCUACUGCAUGCCUAACGUAAACAUGAACUGGGUCUAAGGGAAUCUCGCAGUUCCAGUUUUGAAGAGAGCUCUGUAACAGACCUUAUAAUGACUCACAUUUGGAACACCACCGAUGUGCCAAAACUGUACAUAUAAGAUAAAUGCUCGCUUAUAAGAGAAAGUUAAAUGUGAGAACCUACUGAUGGAUGACAGCAAAGCUUAUGUGAAGUUAGUAUUAUAAGAUCUUAACACAAUCUUAACUAUGUAAUGGAGAAACACAUUUAUAUAAAUAUAUAUAUAAACUGACCCGAUUAAUGAGAAACAACGGUGAAAUUGCACAAUAGUGAAAUUGAUCUGGUUCAACCAACUGCCCUUGACAUUUGUUUGUAUUUCAAUCUUAUUUUCAGUGUUUUGAAUUAUUGUUCCUUAAAAAAAGCACCAAAAUGCGAAUUGGUCUCCUACUUUCCUCCCCUUUACCAGAAAAUCUGUCUUGAGAAAAAUGUGUGGACCGUAUAAUGUCAAAAACAAAAUGAAAAUCAAAACAAAAUGAAAAGCCAAAAUAUAAUAAACUAGGUUUAGGUAGAGGAUAAGUAAAUUCUAACGUCUAAUUUACAUGUAAAAAGCCUUCCAAUCUGAAUUUGCCAUAAAGCAUGGGCAGUUUAUAAACCAGAUCAAUUUCACUUGAAUCAUAAAGGGUAUUAUAUUUUGACGGGGUCUGGCAUCCAUAAGCUUGAUAUCUCCUUUCCCCUGACACAUACUUAUAUAACAUCUCACAUCUGUUGUCAAGUCACUCUACUUCCUGGUUGCUGCUUGGUCCUCCUGACCAAUCAGGUGGUCCCACAGUCCCAGUGACCAUUCUAACGAAAAGUGGUGCUACUGUACUCUUGUCUAUAAGCUCUCGGUUGCCAGGUCCCGUUAAAAGAGAAUUACUUUUUUUAAAUUAGGUAUCAUUUUACUGGAGCCUUUUGUCUCAGAGGAGACAUACCCAGGUCUUAAACAUGUUAUGGCCAAAGUUCUGUCCAAUAAAUGGUCAUUGUGAUCGUCGGCAUCUAAUGGUUUAAUGGUGUCACAUUGUCAUUAACGAUCGUUGUCAUGACUGCAGUCAGAAUUUAGAUGCCAUAGCAGAUUGUAUAUCAUGCUAAGCUAUGCUUUCAUGAAAAUGGCCACUGUAAUGUGAUCUUUAAUCUAGUAAUCUUUAAAUUAGACCUUUAAAUUACUAGACCUUGACUGUAAGGUCACAACCUUAGAAAUGAUGUGGUAUCUGACAUGACAUGUUUAGGAUGUGAAUAUGUUAGUCUAAUGAUAGAAGGUUCUAGUAAAGUGCUACCAAAAAAUGAUACGGCACAAAUAUGAACUUUGCACUGAGAAGACGACAAAUAGAUCAUUGCCAGCUCUAGUCUGUCUGCAGACAGGGCACACAUGGAAGAGCUAAGUGAAAAAAAAUACACAGAAACUCAGAGACCUCAUAGAAAGAUAAAAUGAGAUGAGAGAACUGCACGUUAAACGUAUAAGAGAGAGAACAGAGUUGACAUUUAAACAGAGAACUAUUCCACAUUUUUAUUUUUUGGUUUUGUUGUUUUUUGUUGUUGUUUUUGUCUUUUUCUAUUUGUUUGUUUGUUUUACUGUAAGCUUCCUUCAUUUCAUGUGGUUGAUGAUGUUGUUGAUGUUAUGUGAUUGCAAAAAAAAAAAUAGAAAAGAAAAUCGUAUAUACCUGUGUGGUUCUUUUUAAAGAAAACUUUAUGAAAAUGAUGUGCUUAACUAUAAACAAAAAGCGGUUAUGAUUUACCAGAUGUCUAUUGUAUUUGCAAAUAGCAACAAUAUGCUAGAGGGAUCUUUGUAGGCAAAGAUAGAAAUAUUCAAUCUCAAACAUUCUUGUGUCCUACAAAAUAUUUCCUUUUUAUUAGGGGAGGGAGGGAGGGGGAAUUCCACUUUACAGGGUGUUAUAUGGAAAUGACUCAGUAUUGGUAUGAAGUUUAUUUUCUAUCCUAUAUUUCAGAUUGAUGUCAGUGAGUCUCAGAAGUAGCUUUUUUGUUUCGCUUGUGUGAUAGCAUUUUCCUUUUAGCCGCACCUCUGCAGAAGAAGAAGAAGUAUGUUUUUUUAGCUCUGCCUUGUAUGAUUAGCGUCAUGUUUUCAUACUGUUUGUAAAUAGAUACAAAAAUUGAAAAGCAAUAAAGUUUCCAUGACUUGGAAAAAAACAACCCAA